GAAUUGCUCGAGUUCGUGAAUGAGAGUGGAUCGUGGAGGCGUAAUCAGUAAUCGGAGAAUCUCGAUGUUCCCUCUGUGAUCCAUCGGCUCGUCCUGCGUGGUCCUUUCGCACCUGUUUCUGUAUUGUGCCCAUCUAUUGUUAGUUAGAUCAUGGAUCUGUCCAGUGCCAAAGUGAGUGGCGCUGACAAACUCGAUUUGUGUCGCAAAUACUUCCUGGGCGGAUUCGCCCUCCUGCCCUUUCUCUGGGCCGUGAAUGCAGUCUGGUUUGCUUCAUUGGCCUUUCGCGCGCCGCCCUUUGCUGAACAGAAGGCCAUCCGGCAGUACGUGCUGGCCUCGGCCGUCGGCGCCGGUCUCUCCUUGUUGGUCUUGAUCGUGUGGAUCGUAAUCUUUAAUCAGUAUCGAGCGGAUUGGGGCGCCGUGGCCGAUGCCAUGUCCUUUAACAUUCCUACGGGCCAGCCGUGAUCAAAAUCACGGCAUUGUUUGUCAGAAAUGUUCCCGUUUCUUUGACUAUUCUUUUGAUUAAAGAAAAAAUGCUUUAGAUUGAGCCGCAGAGAGAUAAAUGAAGAGCAUGUUGCCAAUGA